GGGACGGAUGCAAAUAUUCCUUAGAUGAACAGCGAAAAUGCAUAAAACUAGAUGUUUGCGGUUUCCAUUGGAUAUAUGUAUUUGACUGGAAUGACUGGACUUGGAUUACCGUUGUCGUGCUGGAUGUAACUAUGCAUUUCUCAACCAGAACGAUCGGUUUUCGUAUUUUUCUUGCGUCUGUGCUGCUGAAUAACUGCUGGGAAGUGGUGUUCGGGCAGCUCUCUUAUUCUGUUUCAGAGGAGGUAAACCCGGGGACUUCUGUUGGUAAUAUCGCCAAAGAUCUGAACCUGAACGUCCAGGAUUUAGAGUCUCGUAUGUUUCAGAUUGUCAGUGGAUCGAAGAAAAAAUACUUUGACGUAAAUCUGAAGAAAGGUAUCCUUUAUGUCUCUGAAAGAAUAGAUCGAGAGGAGCUCUGCGCUAAGGCUUCAAAAUGUACUGUGAAUGUAGAGGCUGUGAUCAACGAACCAUUAAAGCUUUAUCGUUUAGAGGUAAAUAUAAUUGAUAUAAACGACAAUGCGCCCGUUUUCUCUGAACAAAUGCAGUCACUUGACGUAGCAGAAAACACUUUACCGGGUGUAAAAUUUGCGCUGAUUGAGGCAUCGGAUCUGGACGUUGGGAAGAAUAGUGUUAAUACAUACAAGCUCAGCGCCAAUGAGUAUUUUUCUUUAGAAAUUCACAAAGUGGGAGAGAGUGUUUCUGCCGAGUUGGUACUGCAGAAACCUUUAGACAGGGAGCAUGACUCUGUUGUAAAACUCACCCUGACUGCAGUAGAUGGAGGAAACCCAUCUAAAUCGGGAACCUCACAAAUCAUUAUAAACGUCUUGGAUAAUAACGACAACAACCCCGUUUUUACUAAAUCUUUAUACAAAGUCCAAAUUGUGGAAAAUCUGCCAAUCGGAUCGACAGUGAUCAUUCUAAAUGCAACAGACGCAGACGAGGGUACCAACAGUGAAAUCGAAUAUUCAUUAAGAAAAAAAGGUCAGGAUCAUGUGUUAGACUUAUUUCAGAUAGAUCCUAAAACAGGUGCUAUUUUAGUCAAAGGAAAAAUUGACUAUGAAGAAAAUCCUGCGUUUGAGAUUCACGUACAGGCCAGUGACAAAGGCCAGCCUCCGAUGUCAGCUCACUGCAAGGUUCUUGUAGAAGUUCUAGACAUAAAUGACAACGCUCCUGAAAUCACUGUAACAUCAUUAUUGGGCACAGUGAAGGAGGACGCAAAAACAGGUACGGCAAUUGCUCUAGUUUCUGUACUUGACAAAGAUGGUGGUAAAAAUGGCGUUGCAAAAGUUUCAAUAGCGAAUGAGACUCCCUUUAAGUUGGAGACAAAUUACAAAAAUUAUUAUUCGUUAGUAGUGACUGGUCUGUUAGAUAGAGAAACUAAAUCUCAAUACAACGUUACUAUCGUAGCAACUGAUGAAGGUAGUCCACCUCUGUCCAGCACCAACAUAGUCUCUGUUCAUGUUUCAGAUGUCAAUGAUAAUCCACCUCGCUUUCCUGAUGAUAUAGUUAACAUUUAUGUGAAAGAGAACAGUCUGACAGGAACAGUAAUUAAAACAGUGACUGCAACUGAUGCUGAUAUUGAUCAAAAUGGUCGGGUGAGUUAUACAUUUUUACAAAGUAAUGUUGAUUCGCUGCCUUUAUCCACAAUGGUUAAUAUUAACUCAGAGACAGGAGAUAUAGUCAGUUUACAGUCUUUUAACUAUGAGGAGUUAAAAACGUUUCAGUUUAAGGUUCAGGCCACAGACUCUGGUGUUCCUCCACUCAGUAGCAACGUAACUGUCAACGUUUUUAUUCUGGAUGAGAAUGACAACAGUCCCACAAUCCUGGCCCCUUAUUCUGAACACGGUUCCGUUAACAGUGAGAACAUUCCCUAUUCUGCUGAAGCGGGAUACUUUGUGGCAAAGAUCAGGGCCGUAGACGCAGACUCUGGAUACAAUGCGCUGCUUUCUUAUCACCUCUCGGAACCCAAAGGAAACAGCCUGUUCCGGAUCGGAACCAGCACUGGAGAAAUCAGGACUAAGAGGAGGAUGAGUGACAAUGAUCUGAAAACUCACCCCUUGGUGGUGUUGGUUUCUGAUAACGGAGAACCCUCCCUGUCAGCUACUGUGUCUAUUGAUGUAGUGGUGGUUGAAAACACAGCUGACAUCCAGACUCAGUUCAGACAUGUACCCAUAAAGGAGGAGAGCUUCUCUGAUUUAAACCUGUAUCUGCUGAUCGCCAUUGUGUCAGUGUCCGUGAUCUUUCUGCUGAGCCUCAUCACUUUAAUAGCGGUCAAAUGUCACAGGACAGACGGCAGUUUCAGCAGGUACAGCGCCCCCAUGAUCACCACCCACCCUGACGGGAGCUGGUCUUACUCAAAAUCUACUCAGCAGUAUGACGUGUGUUUCAGCUCAGACACACUGAAGAGUGACGUAGUGGUUUUCCCCGCCCCGUUUCCACCUGUAGAUGCUGAACUGAUCAGUAUCAACGGAGGAGACACUUUUACAAGAACUCAGACUUUACCCACUAAAGAAAAGGUAAGACAGCAAUGGCAUUAA